GUGUCUUCCAAACCUUUUCGCUUCCUCUCUCUCUUCCCCGAAGCGAAGCGGCGGAAACUCUCUCCCUCUCUUCUCCUCUCCUCUCUUCUUGUCUCCGGUCAGGAAGAAGCCGGCGGUCGCCGGAACCCUAAUCGUAGCCGUAGAAAGAAGGAGAUGGCGUGGGGCGCAAGCCCAGCCCGUCGGGAUUGAUUUCUCUCUUCUGGAGCUCGUUUUCGUCCUAAACCCGCGGUCCCUGUUUUCUUCCCCAUACAUGGCGACCUCCGCGCUUUUCAGAGCCAUGAGGCGGCCUUCCUCGCAGUCUGCUCUUAGAUAUGUAGCAAAUAUACAUUGCCGAUUGGCCAUGGAAAACAGAAAUUUAAGGGCUCGUCAAUUUAGUGUCUUCAAUGAGUUCUCAAAGCAAUUGAAAGGAGAAGCUAAAAGCAAUCCAGAAUUCCAACAAUCCGUAAAGGAGCUAAAUGAGAAAAUAGGGGUGGUGAAGGAAGAUUUGAAAGUAAGAACAAAGAAGACCUCAGAUAAGUUAUAUAAGAGCGUGGAUGAUGUUUGGGUGGAAGCUGAAGCAACAUCAAAGAAGGUUUCUGCAAGUGUGAAAGAGAAGUUGUCAGCUGCUAAAGAAGAGGUCAAAGAGACCUUUGGGCUGGGAAAACAAGAACCUUCAGAAUCUACAUGCAAUUCAACAAACACUUCAGCAGCAAGUGAUGGAAGCAGUACCACACUUGGAGAGGAGAAAUUUCAAAAUUUUGGGGCUGACAAUUGUAAAGAAUCAUCUGGACAAGCUGACACACUAUACAGCAGGUUCAGGUCAACACUUUCAUCUGCCUCCCCAAGAGUUUCUGUAGCAUUUGAGAAAUUGAAGGAAGCAAAAAUCUCAAACUUAGCAAAGAAGGGAUAUGAUAUAGUAAAAGAUGAGCUAAGUUCUAACCAGACCAGGAAGAAGCGAAUGCAGUAUGCAUCUGCUUCCGCUACUUCUGGACCAAGAAGUACAAGAACUGAUAUUGUUGUUGUGCCAUCUAAAAAAUCACUCUUGGGUGAGAAGUGGGAAGCAUUCAAGAAGAAGAUGCAAAAUCAUCCUACUUUUAAGCGUGUGAGUGGCUUCAGCCGACCUGUUGUAGAUAUGGGUAAUGAGCUUGCAGAGGACGUGCGAGAGCGAUGGGAGACGAGUGAUAAUCCUGUUGUCCACAAGAUUCAGGACUUGAAUGAAACUGUUUUUGGAGAAAAUGCGGCUGCCUUAUGUUUCAAGGAAAUUCGACGUCGAGACCCAUCUUUUUCUCUGCCAGAUUUUGUAGCCGAAGUUCAGGAAAUGAUCAGACCUGUUUUGGUCGCAUACUUCAAAGCUGAUGUGGAAACUUUGAAAAAGUAUUGUAGCCGUGAAGUGAUUGAACGAUGUAAAGGAGAGCACAUGGCUUAUGAGAGCCAGGGCAUGUUUUUUGAUAACAAGAUUCUACAUAUUUCUGAGGUUGAUGUUAGAGAAACCAAAAUGAUGGGGUCUACUCCCAUUAUAAUCAUAGCUUUUCAAACGCAGCAGAUCUACUGUGUGCGUGAUAGACAGGGAUCAAUAACUGCUGGAGGAAAGGAUACAAUCCAUACCGUAUAUUAUGCUUGGGCUAUGCAACAAAUGGAUGUCGAGGAGCUUGGAGAGGGAGCUUAUUACCCUGUGUGGAAGUUACGAGAAAUGCAGCAACUUGGUGUUCAAUCUCUGAUCUAAAGUAGGCCAUUUAAUUCAUACUUCCGUGGCCUGGAUAUGUUUUCUUUAGGGCCAUCAUUGCAUUGUCAGAGAAGAGUCUGUGAUGAUUUUGAGAGUAGCUGAUAUUUGGAUUCAUAUUUCCUUUUUUUUAAUUGAUAUUAUUUUUCCCUAGAUUUUCCUAUCAGCUGAAGCCUUCCUCUGUUGCAGGAGAUUAUCUAUACAUCUUUUUUUUUUCCCCUCAAGUUACAGUACAUUACUCCUGAAAAGAGCAGGUGGUCUUUUUGCUGUGUAUGAAUAACAUGCUUGAUUGUCAAUCACUAACAUAAAUGUAUAAUUUUCGUGUAACAGUUAAUGUUGAGUUGUUGUACUGAACAUUCAUUUGGAAAGCUACUUGUUAUAUCUCUUUAUUUUCUUUUCAUGUUCUUUUUCUUGCAAGAUGUUUGAUUUCCCUCACAUGAGACAUUGGUGGCCUGGAGCUCGCCCUGAGCUUUGAGAAACUUGUAAUGUUAUGCAUCGGUUUUUUCUUGUAUCAGCUGCUGCCGAGCAAUAUGCAUGUCACUUACAUUUGUAUAGAGUAUCAUAUGGUGGUCAAAAUGAAGAGCUGUCUUUGAUGUAGUCAUCAUAAAGUUGUAGUAAAAUUUUCCAUUAUCACAAAUUCAUAUCAGCAGACUUCAGAUGUUGGCAAUCCUUUAGAAUUGAUCUGCCUUAUCAUCUCCAUCUAUUCUCAGGGAAGAGAUUUUUAAUAACAGUGUUCAUAGGGGGUAAAUCCCUUCUUUCUUCAUUUUUGCAUGGUGGUGGCUGGAGUUUGGACACAUAGUUUGAAGCCAGCGGACAACUGCUUACUGUCAAAUGAUUUUUGUUUCCUUUGGGCCUCUCAUGAUAAUUCUGAUUUCUUUAAAGAUCGGGUAGUGCUCUCUCUCUCUCUCUCUCUCUCUGUGUGUGUGUGUGUGUAUUAUAGCUACAUGGAUUUGGAAUUUGUUAAAGCAGUGUUUGUUACUUGAUUCUGUUUCUGUUUAUUUAAAUAAAUCUGCUUCAUGACAAGUAUCUCAAAUCUUUUGUCAGCUUGUCCAUUUGUUCAUAGCCAUGUGUUGGCUCACUUCUCUUUCCUGAUGGAUGUUUUUGGAUUUUUGAUCUUUAGUUUUGUUUAGAUAUGUACCAUGUGUUUGUGAAGUUCUACUUUCAUGAGUUGGCUUGUUGUAACUUUUCUGACCUUUAUAUGAUUUGCCACAUGGUUAUGAUGAUGUGACCAUAUGUUUUUCUUUAGGUUCAUUUUCUUGAAUGUUAGUGUUCUGAUGUUCUAUUUUCUUUUAAUCUUGGAUGGAAUGCCUAUUUUUCGUCGAUGUGCCAAUAAUCUUGGAUUUUACCGUCACAAAGCUUUUUGAACAUUUGUUUGCACAGAAGUAUCCUGAAUCAUGAAAGGAUUUCCAAUGUGAUUGGUUCACGUGUAAAAUCAAUAUCAUGAAGAAAGAGAAUAGAAAGAAGGAAACUUGAGCAGUUGAUUGUGUCACUACAUCUUGGGCUAUAUUCCAGGUGUGUGAGAGAAAGGACAGAUGACUUAAUUCAAGUUCAUCACACACCAAAAUGUUAAUAUAAUCUUGCAUGCUAAAACAUUAUGCUACUUUGUCUCAAGGCUAACAAGAAGUGCAAAAUAGAAGAUAAGGAAUUAAUGAAAAUGUUUAAAUUUAAAAAGAUUUUUAAACGUAUCUACCUGGCUGCUUUUAUUGAAUUGCACAUUUGUAGGUUGGUUAUUUGUUUUAUGCAGAAUUUCUGCAUCAUAUUUAAUAUAUUAGUCUUUUUAGAAGAGCCAUUUUUAGAUAUUACGAUGGCAUAUACAAUGUUAUUGAAACCUUAUUUUUGAUAAUCAUAUAAUAAAUAUGUUUAGAAAAAUCAACAUUAAAACUAAUUUUACAGAUUUAUAUAGUAACAUCAUUGAGCAUUGGCUGCUGUGAUACUUACCUAACCCCUUUAUAACUGUCAAUUUUGUAAUCUACUCUCAUUCGUAUGCUGUUUUGCGACUCCUUUAUAACUGUCAAAUUUAAUUCGUAUUCUAGUUUAUUUCUGCACAGCCAACUUUAUUCUGUCAAUAGACCAUGUAUGAGUCCCAAAUUAGACCAAUGGAAUUCUGUCCGCUAGAAUAAGAAAAAAAAAGUGCUUUCGAAUUGAUCAGUCUCAAUAUCAUUUUCAACAUCUGAUUGUCAAUGUAAAAGGCUUAGUGUUUAUGUUGCUUAUUUUAUCACAGGCUGUUCACCUAAAAACUGCAGAAUGAUCCCCCAUUACAUUGUUUUUAUAGUGGCCAUAAGCUUUGUCAGAUAUUGUGGACUUAUACUAUGUUUGUAUUUGUCAGGUGAAGAAUGACUGUAUGUUGACUAAGAGAUAUGUAUUGUAAUAAGUCAGGCAUAGUAUUAGAUGCCAUAUCGAAAUGGCGCUAUUAUAGAAUUAUGCUUUUCAAAGACACCUGAGGUUGUAGUAUGUGAUGAUUAGAUAGCUCUGUUGUCUUCUGAAUAGUUCGACUCUAUUCUUUAUAUGACCAUUUUGUGGCAGAGCUAGUUGAGCGGCGAUAAUGUUAUGGUGGUUUUCAGGCUUCAUGCUAUUUAAGGCCAUUUUUCUGUUGCUGCAGCUGAGUAUCUUGCGCUGUUUUCCUGUUUGCUUGUGAAAUGAAUAUGCUCAACCAAGUAUUGCUUUAAUUUAUGCACAUAUAGACCGAUUGUAUAGGUUAAACUUCACGGAGAACUGUUGCUAAAGAUUAAGUGAUGGGCUUGUACCAGUUUCAUGUCUUGGUGUAUGUGGACCUUAAUUCUGUGCUAUGGCUGAAUUUCUGUCUCAUAAGCAAAAUAUCAUCUUCUGAUUGUUUUGUUAUUUUUGCUGCGAUAACACAUCUAUUUGUUUUAGUUACUGCAUCGACUAUCAGAUAUCAGCACAUGAUUAUCCUAAGAUUCUGCUAAUGCAGUACAGAAGAUGUUUGCCUCCUUAUUUUUGGACAGUUUAUAUUACAGUUGAACUAUCAGAUUAUGCUUGUGUAGAACUGCUCCAUUUUCAUGCUAUAUUUUUUUGUGCAUGUGAGCUUCAUGUUUUCAUUGUUCAUUUGUUGCUUCAUCUUUAUAGGGGAGAAUUUUGCUAUGGUUAAUUAGACCUUGUCUACUCCAAAAGUAGAGGCUUAUUAUGGGGAUCUAGCACAAUCCCUUUUGUAUAUAAAAUCAUUAUAUUUCGAUGCUGCACCUAGUUAUCUAAGUUUGAGCAUUGCAUUUUAAUUAUCUGUUGUUUUUUUUUUUAACUUUUUGUGAUUGUUUUUGUACCGGCUAUUCCUGUGGCUGGAAGAUGCUAAUAGCAACUUGAGUUUCCAGGGUCAUGGGGAGAUCACAGACUAGUUGCUCCUCAAAUUGUCAACUACGCAAAGAGAUCAGUUGCUGGGUUUCUGAGGUAGUCUGCAAAGGGGAGCUCCAUGAUAGCAUUCAGGUGCAGUUAGAAGCCGACGGUCGGAUGGACAAGGGAGGUUCUUUUUUCUUUUAUUAUUAUUUUUUUAAAGGAGCCAGAGAGCCAGAGAAGGGGGGACUCAAGUUCCAAAUACUUGGAAUUCACCAUCUCAAUUUAAAUGCAGAGGUUCACCGCUGGCUUCUAAUCAGAGAUGUUACUACUGGGCUGACAUUGGCAUGGAAAGCAGAAUCCAUCUUGUCUGUGCUCAGUUUCCAUAGGUUUUGUUUCUCCAACUGGUAAAUCAUCAACUUCCUCAGUCGAAAGACAAAUCCAAAUCUAUGUCAUAGAAUUGAUUUUGUUGCUAAAUACCUUGAAUUCCCUAAAGUAUUAUAUGCAGGUGCAUGUAUUACGAACUACUGCAACUUGGUUUUCAUCAGGCUGGAAUCAAGUUGUACAGAUUCUGUUAAAAUUAACUAUCAUUGCUA